AUGAAGAUUAAAUGUCAUUAUUGUAAUGUGACUGUGCAGACGAGAAAGGAAUAUUCAAAACAUCUUGAAAUGCACAAGGAAUAUAACUUCACUUGUCCCGAAUGUGGCAAGAAAUUCUAUUCCCUAAAGAGAUUUCGAGAGCAUAAAGAAGUGCAUCAACCUAAAUCUCAAUGUGAAACUUGCAACAGUUCCUUUUCUUACAAGACUGGACUACGACGACAUCAGCGACAAUUCCACAGUGGUAGCCUUGGGCAGAUGAAGAUUAAAUGUCGUUAUUGUAAUGCGACCGUGCAGACGAGGAAAGAAUAUUCAAAACAUCUUGAAAUGCACAAGAAAUAUGGCAUCACUUGCCCCGAAUGUGGCAAGACAUUCUAUUCUUCAAGGGGAUUUCGACACCAUGAAGAUGCGCAUCAACCUCAAUCUCAAUGUGAAAUUUGUAACAAUUCCUUUUCUUAUACAACUACACUGCAGCAACACAAGCGACUAAAACACGGAAUUACGGAUAUGAAAAAGUAUGAGUGCCCACAUAUUAACUGCAAUGCGACCAUGCAGGGCAAAAUCGAAUAUAACGAACAUUUCCAAACGCACGAUAAACCAUUUCGCUAUCAAUGUAAACAUACCGGUUGUGGAAAAGAAUUCCACACUUCGUCAUCACUUUCCAUACACAAGAAUUCCUGUAAACGCAAACCUCAAAGUCCAACGGAAACAAAUCCGCAGCUGGGACACACUUUGGCAAAUACACGAAACAAUUACGGUCAAAGUUCAUUAGGUCAACCAAAUUAUUCGGAUGUGAAAAAGCAUAAAUGUUCAGAUAUAAGCUGUAAUGCGACCAUACGGGGUACAAUCAAAUGUUUAGAACAUCUCCAAAAACAUGAUGAACAUUGCAAGCAACCCGGUAUUGGAGAAGAAUCCCGCAGUCAAUCACCAUUAUACAGGCACAAGAAAUUCCGUCAAUACAAACCUCAGAGUCCAACGAAAAGAAAUCCGCAUAUCCAAAAACAUGAUGAACAUUGCAAGCAACCCGGUAAUGGGGAAGAAUUCCGCAGUCAAUCACCAUUUUACAGACACAAGAAAUUCCGUCAACGCAAACCUCAGAGUAAAACAAAUUUAGCAGAGUUUUUAGCAUUUUUAUUUACCUGGAAUGAAUGCAUGUGA